AGAGCGAUUCGCGUCCCGGAAGCGGCGGUGGCGGCAGCGGCGUAGGCGGAGGAGGUUUUCGGACCUGCGACUUCAGAACGGCUCUGGCAGUAGGAGCGGCGUUCGGCCGGGGCGGGCCUGAGGAAAAGCUCCGGGGCCCAGUGGCUCUCCCCCUGCUCCUGCCCGACCCUGCCACCUCCGUCACUGAGCCAGCGGCCGGGAUGCAGGCAUCAGAACGUGAGGGGAGUGGGCCGGAGCUGAGCCCCAGCGUGAUGCUCGAGGCUCCCCUGGAGUCUCCACCUUUUCCUACCAAGUCCCCAGCGUUUGACCUUUUCAACUUGGUUCUCUCCUACAAGAGGCUGGAGAUCUACCUGGAACCCUUGAAGGAUGCAGGUGAUGGUGUUCGAUACCUGCUCAGGUGGCAGAUGCCUUUGUGUUCCUUGCUGACUUGCCUGGGCCUCAACGUCUUGUUCCUCACUUUGAAUGAGGCUGAUUCAAGGGUCAUCUGGGGACAUGGCAUGGGUAAAGGUGCGUGGUACUCAGUAGGUGCCCUGAUGAUUUCAGUGCCCGCCCUGCUGGGCUACGUUCAGGAGGUUUGCCGGGCACGACUGCCUGAGUCCGAGCUGAUGCGGAGGAAGUAUCAUAGCGUGAGGCAGGAGGACCUGCAGAGAGUUCGCCUGUCUCGUCCUGAGGCCGUGGCUGAGGUGAAGAGCUUCUUGAUCCAGCUGGAGGCCUUCCUGAGCCGCCUGUGCUGCACCUGUGAAGCCGCCUACCGCGUGCUGCACUGGGAGAACCCCGUCGUGUCCUCACAGUUCUAUGGAGCUCUUCUGGGCACAGUCUGCAUGCUGUAUUUGCUGCCCCUCUGCUGGGUCCUCACCCUUUUAAACAGCACGCUCUUUCUGGGGAAUGUGGAGUUCUUCCGAGUUGUGUCUGAGUACAGGGCAUCUCUGCAGCAGAGGAUGAACCCAAAUCAGGAAGAGCAUGCCUUUGAGAGUCCUCCACCACCAGAUGUUGAGGGGAAGGGUGGUCUGAUGGACAGCACGCCUGCCCUCACACCCACGGAGAGUCUCUCUUCCCAGGACCUCACGCCGGGCAGCGUGGAGGAGGCUGAGGAGGCUGAGCCAGAUGAGGAGUUUAAAGAUGCGAUUGAGGAGGAUGAUGAGGGCGCCCCGUGCCCAGCGGAGGAUGAGCUGGCUCUGCAGGACAACGGGUUCCUGAGCAAGAAUGAGGUGCUGCGCAGCAAGGUGUCUCGGCUCACAGAGCGGCUCCGCAAGCGCUACCCCACCAACAACUUCGGGAACUGCACGGGCUGCUCGGCCACCUUCUCAGUGCUGAAGAAGAGGCGGAGCUGCAGUAAUUGUGGAAACAGCUUCUGCUCUCGAUGCUGCUCCUUCAAGGUGCCCAAGUCCUCCAUGGGGGCCACAGCCCCUGAAGCCCAGAGGGAGACUGUGUUUGUGUGCGCCUCGUGUAAUCAGACCUUGAGCAAGUGAGAAGAGAGGCCAGGGUCCAACCAGGCACCCGUCCUUGGGGCCAGCAGUAGGCCCCCCACCCUCCCCACCCCUGGCUCUCUGUGGUGUGUGCUGGGCAAAUGUGGCCUGAAUGCUAGGUAGGCUUCCUCUUCCUUCCUCGCUCUCUCCAGCUGGAUUCUGGAGCUGUUCUCCACCCCUGAGAGUAUCUGGCAGUGGCUGCUCUCAAUCCCCUGGGGAGAGGAGCCCCUGGAGGGCCUGGCAUGUUUGCCCUGCUCUGCCUGGGACUGAGCGAGUGGACUCAGGGCUGGGCAGGCAGUAGCCACCAGAGGGCAGCAGCGAACUAGGCCAGGUCUGACUGGGGUCUGAUGACCAGGGUCAGUGUGGCUAUGCCUGGGAAUUCCAGACCUGCGGUUGGGAAAAGAGGUUUUUCUCCUGCAGGGUACUGGGCCAGGCCUUCAGCCUCAGAGAGCUGCAGAAGGGCUGGGGAGUGCCACACCCCAUCUCUGCUGAUUGAAUGUCCCUCCAGGCACCAGGAUCUCAUCAUUUCCCCAUCAGAGGGUGUGGCCAGGCCUAACAAGACCAUGGGUGCUUCUAGAAACAGGGUUGAAGUUCCCAGAUUCUCCGAGAGGAGAACGUGUGUAGGAGGGUUUGGCUGAGUCCUUCAGCGUUAAGUGGAGGAAAGCUUGGGGAAGCCCCAACAGCUGGACAGACCUCAGCCUCCCCUCGAAGACACCUCACUUCACAGACUCUGAGCCCACACAAUGCCCUAGUGUCCCCAGCUCCGCUGGAGCAGCUGCACGGCACUCGGAUCACAACUUCUGCACCCUCUGCCCAGAGUCUAGGGCAGUCCUCCACUGGCCCAGCACUCCAGUUUCCUUUCCCUGCCUCUUGUCCCAUGGAGUGGGAGGCCAGGUGAGUGGAGCAGAGGUCCUGAAGCCCUUGACCCCUGGGGGCCUGGGAAGUGUAGGAUCUCGCUGGGCUGGGUCCUGGAUUCCAGGGCUAUUCCCUGGAGGACAGUCUCAGUUAUGGGAUAAGGCCCCUUGGGGGUCUCCAUUUUCUUUCCAACAGUUUCAUGUUCACUGCUGAACUCUUACGGGCUCAGUAUCUCUCCCUUAGCCGUGAGCUGGCUCAGGCAUCCCUUCCCUUCCCUGGAGCUGCCCUGCCUUUCUAAAGUAUUUAUUUAUUUAUUGCAUGGUUCCUGGGAACAUGUAGUACAAGUAAUGGGAUGAGGAGGAAUUGGGGGUGGGGGUCUCCUACCUAGGACUCUUCCCUGGAGUCAUGGGCUGCCUGGGACCCAGGACCCAUGAGGGGACUGAGAGGUUUCUACACUCAAGGAGCAGGGGUCCAGAGAGGCAGGUUGGGGAGGCAAGGGACCCAUCCUAGGCCCACUUUCUUGCUGAGCCAAGCAGUUAUAGCUGGGGCUGUGCAGCCAGGGGCCUACCCAGGCCAGUGGAGGUGCCACAGCCCUGGUGAGCCAGGCAGUCUUUGGUAUCGUAUCGCCUCUGUGUCCUGUUAAGAGAGGAGAGUUCAGUACCCCGUGCUUUCUUUACACUGGAGAGGAACUAAAAGGAUCUCUGUGUCUAUGGAGAAUUGUCAAUAAAAAGGCCUCAAGCUUC